AUGUUCCGCACGGUUCAUAGAUCCAAGAGUGACGACUCGCGGAUCACUCUAUCGGAGUCACCGGAAGAGGCGUUCGCCCCACACGACGACGCCAUAGUGCCGGCGCCCAAACCCCGGAGCGCUCACAGCGGCAGCAAAUACAUCAAAGGCCUGCAAACCAAUAAAGUGUUUCCCCAGAAAUUGCCGCCCAUUACCACCAAAAUCAAGAAGGUUAAGAAAAUGAGCAACAAAAUCAAUUCAGGCCGACUGUCAGAGUCGGUAACGGAUGGGUUUCACGUUUCGUGGACUAAUCUGUCAUAUAUAGUGGAGAAGUCGUCGUUCCCCUACCUGUCCAACGCCCACAUACCUAAAGUACGGGUUAUAUUGAAAUGUCUGAGCGGUUCGUUCAACAGCUCGGAGCUGACAGCAGUGAUGGGACCGUCCGGCGCCGGAAAGUCUUCGCUGUUGGCCUGUGUUUGUGGCAAACGUACGACCGGUGUGUCCGGCGAUAUACGGAUCGUGGGCUGCAAACGGAUCAAAGUGGCGAUAAUCGCUCAAAACGAUUACUUGACCGACAAGUUCACGCUCCGGGAGGCGCUUCUGUUUGCCUCCAAAACCAAGAAUGGCCUCAAGAAAGUGGAUCACGAAGAGGUGAUCAAUAACGUGGUGAACGCGCUGUCGCUGGAGACCUGUCUGGACAACCGUCUCGGGAAGUGUAGCGGCGGUCAACGGCGACGGGUGUCGAUCGCACUGGAGUUGGUCUCCAAUCCCAAUAUCCUAAUACUGGAUGAGCCGACCUCUGGUUUGGACAGUUCGGCCUGUUUUCAGAUCAUUGAAAACCUGCGCGAUUUGACUCAACACAAGAAGAACCCGAUGGCAAUCGUGGCCACAAUACAUCAGCCCAGCGCUCGCGUGUUCAACAUGUUUCACAACGUCUAUGUCAUCUCACAUAACGGCCAGUGUAUAUAUCACGGACCUCCCGAUAAUAUUGUGCAUCACUUAUCGGUGGUAAACCUAUCGGUGCCCGAGUUUCACAAUCCGGCCGAUUAUAUUGCAGAGAUAGCGUCUGGAGAGCACGGAGAGGAUAGCAUCACACGACUGGCCACUCAUCGCAAGGAAUCGCUAAUAAACGGCUCGCAGACACCCGCGGCCACAGAAUCGUCGCAUAAAUUGUCCGAAAUGUCACAAAAAUAUAAAUUUCCACUUAUUUUGCAUACAUUUUUACUGAUCGGCCGAUCGCUACGGCUGACGGUGAGAGAGCCGCACCUAUCGUGGAUCCGAUUGGGCGCCAGCGUAAGCACCGGCUUCUUCUUGAGCUUCGUGUUCGCGCACUCGGAUUUGGGUCAAGUGGCCGGUUGUCCGCCCCGUAUGGAAGGCCUUUAUACCACACGACCGACAGAUCUGUUCAAAAACGCCGAAUACGAACACAAAAGGAUUGAAGAGAAUUUGGGAUCAAUUUUCUUCAGCGCCGUAUUCCUCCUCUAUUCGGGAAUAUUGCCAACACUUAUGACUUUUCCCAAAGAAUUCAAUUGUCUUAUUAAACACUACACCAACGGCUGGUAUUCAGUCUUCACGUAUUACUUGUCGAAGAUUAUCGUCGAUUUGCCCCUCAUUUUUAUCACCACGUUCAUAUAUCUAACCAUAUGGUAUUUGGUAACCUCUCAAAUCCCAGAAAUGUGGAGGUAUUGGACCAUCAUCUUAGCGGGUAUAUUGAUUAUGCUGAACGGCCAGAGCCAGGGCAUGAUAUGUAGUGCCUGGUACUCCCGAGACCCGGUCGCCGCCUCAUAUUUAAGUAUCGUCACUUCGACGCCUUUCUUUCUGCUCAGCGGUUAUUUAGUGCGAACCAAACGUAUGCCCGACUAUAUCCGUCCGGUGACCGCCAUCUCACACACCAAAUACGCGUUCGAGUCAAUGGUGAUCGCCAUCUAUGGCUAUCAGCGCUGUUGGUAUCCGGAGUCUAACCAGACAUUGGUUCAGCCGCCGUGGCUUCGGUUCCUACGGGUGAUGACCGCCUCAAUGGUCGACAACAACAAAGAGGAUACUCUCGACGACGACGACUCUUAUCUCGUUAUCAAUAAUAAUAAUACUAAUAGUAGUGGCGGUUAUGACGGCGCCGGUGGUGGUGAAGAUGAUGGAGCCAUGAAUGAUAUAUUAGCCCUGUUUUCCGGCAGUCAUGCCGUCACUGAUAAUAAGUACCAAUCGAUGGUUAUGUCUGAGUUUGAGUUCACCGAUGAUAUGCUUCCCUAUAAUCUUCUGGUACUCCUCUUAUAUACCAUUAUCUUUCAAUUCAUAGCAUAUAUUGUCUUAAUUCGCAAAUUGAGAAAAACUACUUAA